AUGGCAUCCUUCCGGCCCAAGUUCCAAAUUCCCAGUGUAGUGUCGUUAAAGGAUAACAGAUAUCAGAGACCAUUAUUGAAUGGUCCUUCGAUAAUACAAUCUGUGCUAAAGGAGAACAUCAGAGCGUUUUGGUUCCGGAAAUCUAAGGAUCAACCGGUCGAACCUACCGUAGGCAACUGUGCGCAACCUUUGUCACCUCGUAUGGAUCUCGUUUGCAAGGGUUGUCCUUCAAAGUGUCUCGAAUUUGAAAAACAGAAAAAAAAAUCGAAGAGACAAUUUUUUGGUUCUAAGAAACAAUCAGGAAAGCCAAGCAAUUGCAAGGAGGAAGAGAAACCGGUAGAAAAGAAAUUGAUCUGGUGGGAGACGAUAUUCGGUCCAAGCCCUAAGAGACUCUGGCCUGAUCCAUGUACUUGUAGACUAGCCCACAGAGAGAGAAAAAAGAUGAGGGCACGCGAUCCAAGAUUGCGCGAUCCAAGAUAUCAACAGACUGCAGGAGAUGUUCUUUUGUAUACAGAACCGGUAAGACGAUGCUCGGUAUCUUCUUGCUUCGAACCACAACCGAAAUCUCCACCAGGAUAUAAGAUACCCAAAGCGGCGAUUUUCAAAAUCAUGGAAGAUGUCUCCUAUAUGAUGCCGGGUAAUCGCAUGGCUCUUGAUAUGCAAAUGUAUAAAGUUGAUAAAGAUGUACGAUUGAAACCGUGUAGUCUUCCGUACGAAGAAUUAAGACCUCCAGAAAAACAAAGAAGACCAUUCAGUUGUCAAUUAGGAAUUCAAUCGAAAGACAUUCUUCCACCAAUAAAUAGAGACUUGAAUUAUUAUGGAGGUCUUCGACAACAAUCGGUCCAGGAAGCUAAACUACCGAAGAACCUCAAAUCCACCCAAAGAAGUCAGAAGAAAUUGCCUGAUACUGGAACCAAUUUAGAUCAAAUAGUCCAAAAGCGAAGUAGAAUAGAGCAGCUUAAAAUGUAUAUCAGGCAGAAAGACAUGUCUUAUUAUCCGCCGUUUUCUUCCUGAUCGACGAUGUUGAAUCCAUUUUGCCAUGACAAAGAAUCUAUUAACUAAAUAAAAUGCUGAAUUUUCGUGUAAUGUAUAUUUAAAUCGUCCGUGUGUG